AUGGUCUACCUGAGUACCUUACUAAUCAACUCCAGUUUAGGCCUCUUGGAGAUGCUCGUCUGCGACUAUGGAAUACUCUUCCGCAUGAUCUACGUCGAUGCUAUGAUCGGCCCUGUUUCAGAGUGUUCCUUUACAGUUACUUUAUUGAUAAGACCCAUUGUGGUGACGAUAAGUAAGCAAGAUUUUUGGUUAUAUAAGCCCAUGGUUUUCUUCACAAGCAAUUCAUUUGAUGAUCAGGCCAGCUUGGGUGUUAAAGAUAGAACCAAGAAAAGUCACAGAAUGAACUACGAUCCUCGUUUUGGCGAUGCAUUUUGGAACAGCAGUCGAUUUUCUAUGGUCCAGUAUUUGUACAUGAUGAUGUCAAGCUGGGCAAUCGUAUGUGAUGUUUGGUACCUUCCUCCAAUGUACCGGAAAGAAGACGAGAGUGCCAUAGAUUUCGCAAAUAGAGUGAAAUCUGUUAUCGCGAGGCAAGGAGGACUCGUUGAUCUUCAGUGGGAUGGCCAACUCAAAAGAAUGAAGCCAAAAAAAGAAUGGCGAGAAAAGCAGCAAGAAGAGUUUAGCAAAAGAUUGAAAGUUGAAUGACUUAAUGAUAGUGUUCUCGUUGCUUAUUUCAUCAAUAAUUACUGCUGUGGUACGUUUUUUAGCCCUUUGAAAUUGACUGCUUGAUAAAGCAGUUAGUUUCAGUGGACGUUGGAUCGAGAACUUUAAGCCUUGUGAAUUAUUGAAAGCAAACUUCGAAAACUGUAAGAAUAUUUGUACAUCUACUUUGUUGAGCUGUUAAGAGAGACUGACUAUCCAGAGCACUCUUAUUUUUUGACUUAUGCAAUAAGUGUUUUUCAAGGAUUAAGAUGUGUUGACUAUUUUUUUAUGCCUGUUAUAAUAAUUAAUCAUUAUAAAAAAAAAAGAAAUAACAACAUCAAUAAACUAUUCGUAAAAUACUUUUAUUUUUACAAAUUGUGUAUGCACGAAUUUCUUUAAACACUUGGAACGAUUUUUAAAGUGUUAGAUAUUAAUAUAUUGUACUACUUAUUGAGAAAAUAAAAAUCUAUGCUUAUUAUACUUACGCCAGAGAUUA